AGAAACGUGAGAGGAGGUACAGCGCUGCCUGAACACCUAGAUGAACAACGUGUCUUUCAAAACAUAACCAAUCUUACUUGGUGCUCUGAAAGAUCACCAUGAAUCCACCUAAUCCGUUUGGAAGUCCACAAGGUGGCGCUUUCCAGGCUCCAAGCAGCACCAUGAAGACCAGUCUGUUCCAGUCUUUUGGACAGCAGAGUUCAAGCAAUCAGCAAACUAUGGGCUUUUUCCCAGCAACACCAGCGUUUGGACAGCCGUCUGUGUUAAAUCAACCCACAAGUCAUGUAAGUACAAUGUUUGGACAGGCCCCUGCCUUUGGACAGGCAUCAACACAACCCGCCUCGCUUCCUCCAAUAAGCCAGACUCCAGCGUUUGGGCAGCCUGCUUUAGCCAUGAACAGCUCAGGUUUUGGUGGUAGCUCCACGCCAGCUUUUGGACAGCCGAGUGGACUCAACCAGCAGAGCUCAGUGUUUGGUCAGACACCUGCGUUCGGACAGCAGUCUGCUUUUGGACAGACUGCAGGUUUUGGCCAGCAGUCCUCUGGGAGUGGAAACACCCAGGUGUCGUCUGGCUCCACCCCUGCUUUGGGGCAACCUCAGUCGCUGAGUUUUGGACAGUCGUUGUUUGGACCGCCGUCAUCUACCAGUGUUAGCACCAGUGUUUUUGGCUCAACUCAGAGUGUAACCCAGAGCAGAGGCUUCGGACCAACAGAAUUUAAUUUUAAGCCUGCUAAUGAGGCACUUUUCAAACCCAUCUUCAGUGCAAGCCCUGAGCCCACUAAGCCUCAGACUACUUCAAUGUCAAGCUCGCUGUUUGGCAGCAGUGCAUCCCAGACAACCAGCGCUAUUAGCAGCAGCAGCACUACCGCCUCCACCGCAGGCUUCACUCUGAUGCCUGGGGCUAAGUCGGGGCCGCUGGGCUUCAGCUUCUCACAGCCCGCCGCAGCUCCCUCUAUCGCUACUCAAAACAAUCCCCUAACAACUGGCAACGGCAGCGGAUCUUCCAACACUCUGCAGUUCACUUUUUCUCAGCCAGCCGCCCCCUCCAGCUCCAGCACGAAGACAUCAACCACCCAGCCCACCACCCCUUCAUCUUUCAGCUUCUCAACCAAAACCCUCCAGCCUCAGGACCCACCCGCUUACAGUGGAACCAUUUUUGGUCCACCCCCAGCUUAUGGCGACACCAAGUCUAAGGCGGAGAGCAGUACAGGUGAGAAAGGGAGCAACCUCGAGGCUCUCGGGGACACAAAUGUAUUUGCAAGAUUAGGCAAAGGCACCAAGCGCAAGGAAGAACCAGUGGUUCCGAGCAGUGGCCAGGAAAAGCCUGCCACAGAGGAAGAUGUUCCAGCAGAAGCAGAAUCACCAAGACAUCCCUCAAAGAGGCCUCUUAUGAGGUCCCGUGGCCCAGCAGGAGGAAUAUUCGGUAGGGCACUAAGUGGCCUUCGUAAAGAUGCCCCUGUGAGGCGAGAUGCCACAAAGGAGACUGAGAGGGAAGACGUCCCAGCUAAGAGUGAAGACUUACCUGUUACGACUCCAACAGGAUCCAGGGAUGUUGUGGAAAAAGCUGAACAGUCAGACUCAGCAAAAACUCCAGAACCAGAGCACGAGACCAUAACUCCGGUGAAACGAGGCGUACGCAGGGAAAGCUCAGAGGGCCUGAGUGGCAUGUCUCCCGGUGACUGCACCAGUAUCAUGUGCAGAAGCGUGCCUCCAAACCUCAACCGGAGGGAGAUCAUGGAGAAGCAUUUCCGUCAUUUCGGGAAAGUCAGCAAGGUCAUCUGCCGGCCUGCCAAGAACACUGCCAUCAUAUAUUUUGAUGACCACGCGUCUGCAGCGAGGGCAAAAAAGAAAGGCAAAGUCCUGCAUGGAAAAGAGCUCCUUCUUCUUUGGCAGAGAAAGAAACAGAGUCCAUGUGACAAAGGAGGCAGACCUGCAGCAGGUAAGGAGGAGGCAGAGGGAGAAAGUCUGGAGGACACAGGGUCCAAGGCUAGCCUAUCCCCACUCAGGAGACCGGGAUUCAGAGCUCCUGCAGUCAGCAGCACGGCGACACUAAGUCGCAGCUCUCCAGUGAAGAAGUCAUCUUUGGCCAAGUCGCUGCAGUUUGACACUGAAGCCCCGAAGGAGAGUGGCUCAGACGCCUCGAUCUCAGAGCGCCCGGUCCCCUCCUCCCUUCUCCACCUUAUUGGCCAGGUCGCCGAGACCGCUGAGGACAAGUACCGCCUCCUGGAGCAGAGGGAUAAGAUCCUACGUCAAGGUCGGCCCAAGAGGACAGACCUGGUCCUGUCGAAGGUGUUUGUGGGGACGUGUCCUGACAUGUGUCCAGAGAAGGAGAGGUACAUGAGGGAAACACGAAAACAGCUGAGCAUAUUUGAGGUCGUCCUAAAUACUGAAAUGGUAGAACACACAGCAGCCAUCAAGGAGUACAGUCGCUCGUCAGCCGACCAGGAGGAGCCCCUGCCCCACGAACUGCGCCCCCUGCCUGUGCUCAGCAUGACCAUGGACUAUCUGGUGACUCAGAUCAUGGACGAGGGCCUUGACAACUACAGAGAUUGGUAUGACUUUGUGUGGAACAGGACCAGAGCCAUCCGCAAGGACAUCAUCCAGCAGCACCUGUGCUGCCCCCACACAGUGUCUCUGAUUGAGAAGUGCACUCGCUUCCACGUGCACUGUGCUCACCACCUCUGUGAGGAGCGCAUCUCAUCUUUUGACCCCAAGAUCAACAACGAGAACAUGACCAAGUGCCUCCAGAGUCUCAAAGAAAUGUACCAGGACCUGGCAACAAGGCAGGUCUACUGCCCCCAGGAGGCCGAGUUCCGCCAGUACAACGUGCUGCUCAAACUCAACGACGGCGACAUCCUACGAGAUGUUCAGCAGUUUCGUGAAGAGGUGCGUAAUUCCCCCGAGGUGAAGUUUGCAGUGCAGGCCUUCGCUGCAGUCAACAGCAACAACUUUGUGCGCUUCUUCAAGCUGGUGAAACGAGCCUCGUACCUCGCCAACUGCCUCCUACACAGAUACUUCAACCAGGUCAGAGCUAAGGCCUUGAAGACCUUGAACAUUGCUCACACCAUCGGUCCACGGUCGACUGCUUUUCCAGUCGAUGACUUCGUUCGAAUGUUAAUGUUUCAAAACGUUGAAGAGGCAACGGAUUUCAUCCAGCAGUACGGCGUCAAUGUCCUCGAUGGUGUGGUGGAGCUGAGUCGAACAUCCUUUCAGGAGCCGGACCUUCCUCUGUCCCAGAAUAAAUCAGAAGUCAUCCUCGCUAAGAAGAUGGUGCUGAUCGGUGAGGUGGUGAACGGAUGCCCCCUCCCUAACCCUCUGCAGCACACCCCCGUCUGCAGCUUUGACUUCAACAACAAGUAUCGUGGAGAGGGCCCUCUGGCUGAGCCCUCAACGAGCCAAUUUAAAGCUCCUGCUGCCAGGUUGGAGGUUAAGGCUCCACCCAGCGCUGAGUUGCUGACACAGAUCGUCCCGGUCCAGGUUCCUGUCAUGCCCGUGUGUUCUUCCAGCAUGUUUGCGCUGCCUCCAGCUGUAACUGACGAGACUGGAGAGCCCAGCCAACCUUAUCACAGACCCGCCCAGCCAGCAGAGGCCCAGCAGCUGUUCCAGCCGAUAUCUCAACCCCAGCCUGUCAAACCUCCAACACCUCCACCUAAACCUCAGCCCACAUACAACAACGAGGACAUUAUGGCGGUGCUGGACUGCGUGAUUGAAGAAAUGGUGGCAGCAGGAGUGAAGGAGGUCGCUGAAGCUGGUGCAAGCUACGCCUCAGCAGCUCUUGAGGAGAGCAGCGUGCAGGUGGAGUCCCUGGUGGGUGAGGUGUUGGGACACUUGCUGCACGAGGUGUCGUCCGCUGAGAUCACGCUGGAGCAGGAGCGCGUCGCUGAAGAGAAACGAAAGCUUGAAGAAGCCAGGAGGAAGCAGGAGCACGAGGCCUUCGUGGUUCAGUACAGCUUCUCUCUCUGCACAGAGCUCAUCGUUGAAGUCUUAAGUGAGACCAUCAAGGAGACCGCCGCCUCUGAGAUCCAACAAGCAGUGGACGAGAAAGCCGACCGUGUGGCUAAAUGCACAGAGCAGGUCUGCAACAGUCUCGUAGAGGAAACUUUGAGCGCAGACAUCGCUCUGUUGGUUGAAGGCGUCCUCGAAAAUGAGCUGCAACGUAUUCAAAAGUACAUCAAAAGGUGGCGUGAUGUGGUUGCAGUGCGUCGCCAGCUGAAGAGGCAGAUGAGAGGCUUCCCUGCAGCUCCUUGCUGUGUUGAUCCUCGCUUCAAACUGAAAGCUCUUGCCCCCAGCGCUCCUGCACAGCCCUCCAUGGCAGAUCUGGCCCGCGGUGUGGUCAACCUGGGCAACGCCGGCACCCUGGCUCUCUCCAGUACCAGGUUGUUGAAAAUGAGACAGGAAGUGAUCCACCAGAUGAGAGUCCAUUACUACUACCAGCAGCUGCUCGACGAGUCAGUUUGGACGCCGAUCAACCUGCCAGCUCUGGUGACAGAAAACAUCCCCGACCCACCCGACAGGAUCUUCUGGAAAGCUGUUCUGCUCCUGCCGAGCGAUCACGAGAGUGUAGCCAGCCUGGCCGACAGGAUUCUGUCAGACUGGCUGGAGGUGAAGCUCGGGGGUGGGCCGGGGUCAGAGGUGAGGGAGGAGCAGCAGCCAGAAGACGCACUGCAGACCCUCUGCGUCACCAACACACUGCAGGAUAAAAACCAGCGCACACACAAAGUCCACAUCAGCGUCAAGGCGUCCCGCGGUCCUCUAAGUGAAGACGGUCUUUCCAAAAUGGAGGAGUGCUGCGAGCUCCACGGGACGGGAGCUCUGAUCACGCUGCUCCCCGCCAUCCCCAUCAUUGACUCAGACCAGGAUGAGCAGGAUGUUCCUCUGCUGUCGGCUCUGCUGCAGCUCAAACAGCUUCAGCAGGCCAGCACCUGGCACUGCCCGCUGCCUCUGGUCAUACUGGUGCCCGGACCUGACAGGGGCAUCGGCCUAACACAGAAACUGGAAGAAGCUCUGCUGCUGCACACGCUGGUGAAGGAAGGCCUGAUAUCAGAGUACACAUUCAUCUUCAUACCAGAGACGACAAGUGACCUACAGGGAUCCAAGCAGCUCAGCUGUGCUCUGCGUUGGCUGCUGGUCCGAGCACCCCCUCCCUUCCCUUUCUCCUGUCAGACUCUUGUGCAGCUCGUGGAGGCCAGCUUGAGUCGAGAGUUUAGUCCCAGAGUUUUUGCCCAACGGCAGGAGCGUGCCGCAGCAGGUCUGUCCCCUCAGGACCCGGCACCUGUCAUCCAGCUAUACAACGCCGUCCUGGCUCACGUCGCUGACAAAGUGUCGUCUCAGGAGCUCAGCAGACUCUCGUGGCCGCCCUGCGAGUUCUGCCUACCCGACACCCGAGACUUUGUCCCUCAUCCGGGCUGGAACUCUGCCCAGCACCUCAACUGGCUGCGUGAAGCCAUCGUCAGUCUGCAGCUACCAGAGUGGGAGACGCCGUCUGCUGCAGACUCCUGGUCAGAGCUUUGUUCCUCCAUCUACUGCUACGCUGCUCAGAUCCCAGUCGCUCGCCGCAGUCAACCCCUCCUGAUGUCACGACUGGAGAACCUUCUGGAAAGAGUCCGUCUAAAGGCUCACCAUACCCGAACCCCAGGGUCCAAGAAAACCAUCAGCAACUGGGACAACGGAGACGAGGACUCGUGUUCAGCCUUCAGACGAAUUCCCUGGGACGACGUGCUGGUGAUCUGCAUCGACCACAAACUCAAAGACUGGCAGAUCCCCGGACCUCCUGUCUGUGAGGAUGCUGUGACGGAGGAUGGAGAGAUCCUGGUUUACUUCCCCACAGAGUCUUUGAAUGGUUUUAAACCCCCAGAGGAGUGGACUCAGACCCUCAGACAAACCCACAGAGAGAAGCACCAAGAGAAGGAAGGAGCGAGUGCUGCUGCCUGUGCCACGCCCUCCGGUCUGUCCAUCAGACAGAAUCUGUUCCACAGUCAGCCGGAGCCUCUGGAGGCCCCGACAGCCCCACUGGACAUCACACACACUCCCACAUCACAAGAGCUGCUGGCACACAGAGUCCUACAGAGCUUAGAGCAGGAGCAUGCAGCGAGCAAAAGGAGCAUGGAGCAGUUUCAGCGCUGGCUUGAUGGCGAUCCUGUCGAUCACUUGUCCACGCCGCUCUUCAUCCCGUCCUCCACUCUGUUGUCGAUGCCAACAACCAUAAAGCAGCCGCUCACAGCCAGGAGUCGAGACGCCGCUCUCACGCAGCCGGAGCCUUUCGACGAGAUGUCAGAGGAAUCAGACUGGCCUAAAACGCCGCGUGUAUCCAUGGCAUGGCGACUGAAGGAAAUAGAACGACAGAUUUUGGCGAAUAAUGAGGAAGAAAUGGCGUGCCAAAUGAAGCUGAGUGGUCUGCUGGGCAUUGUUGAUGACUGAGGAACUUUUAAAGGAAAUAUUUUGCUAUGCAAAUGUUUGAAAACCGUCAACAGACUUCCCGCUGCGAGUGACGACUUUUGUUUAUUUGCUGAGCUCAUGGCAGUGGAUAACAUGCAACACGUUAAUUAAAACAAUGUGUCAUUUUUUUAACUUGUAUCUAGACUUUGGUUUGUAAAUUAGAGUACCAAAAUCAAGAUUUUUAUUUGUGUUUGAAGUUUGUUCCAUUGAUCAUUUAUACCUUCAGAAUGUGUGUUAAAUCAUAUUCAGUGCCUAUCAUAAACAAAACAAGAUGCUGAUUCCCACCAACUUUAAACUCUUCUUUAAAGCCGUCUAGCUUGUCUGUUUUAAACAAACUUUGAAUUAUUUGGAUUUCUUAGAAGCAUCAUCAAAUCAUAGGACUUCUGUGUUGUUUGAAAUCAUCUUUAAUACCGUUGAUGAAAUUGUGUUAUAACCGACUCUUUAAUAAAAUAUAUUUUUCAGAAAUA